AUGAUUCGCCUUUCACCAUCAAGCAAAAUAAAAUAUUCUGUUGGGGAAAUUCAGAAUUAUUUAAAUAAUGACGUUUAUCAUAUUCGUUCUAUUUUCUUCGAUGUCUGUUAUUUUAUCAAUUGCCCAUUAACGCUUAUAAUUGCUUUUUUCGGUCUUUACAUGGAACUUGGCGUUAAUGCUUUUUAUGGGGUUGUAAUACUUGUCGUUGUUUUUCCUGAUAAACUUUUGAAAAUCAAAGAUGAACGUCUAAAAUUAAUUAAUGAUGUUUUGAGUGGAAUGAGAGUAUUAAAAUUAUAUGCUUGGGAAGAAUCUAUGGAACAACUGAUUGCUAAACUUCGUAAAAGAGAAUUAUAUGUGUUACGACAAGUAUUUUUGAUGGAUGCUGGAAUUAAUGUCUCAUUUCAACUUGCACCGCUUGUUGCUACUCUUAUCAGUUUCUAUGGUUAUACAGUUAUUCAAGGAAAUCCUUUGCGUCCAGAUGUUGCAUUCGUUUCUCUUUUAUUUUUUGGAAUGUUGCGUAUCUCAAUUUAUAUGCUUCCACGACUUUUGACAGACUCAAUUAAGGCCUGGGUGAGUUCCAGACGUUUGGUUGAAUUUUUAAACGCGGAAGAGAUGCAGCAAAGCCAUAUUUUACGAGAAGCUCAAGAUCCGGCGCUCCCAAUUGUUUCUCUUCGUGACUGCUCAUUUAGCUGGACCGGUGUAAAUGUCCCAGAUCCAAAUUUACAACUAAAAAAUAUUUCCUUGGAGAUUCAACCUGGAGAACUGAUUGGAGUUGUUGGCCGUGUUGGUUCAGGAAAAUCUUCUCUUCUUUCUGCAAUCCUUGGAGAAAUGGAGCGAAUGGAAGAUAAAGGAGAGGCAAUUGUUAGAGCGAAAUCUAUUGGUUAUGUACCUCAGCAACCUUGGAUUCAAAACAAAACUCUUCGAAGCAAUGUUCUUUUUGAUUCCCCAUUUAAUGAGAGCAAAUAUACAUCUGUUAUUAACGCUUGUUCGAUGGGUGAAGACUUGAAAUUAUUGCAGGCUGGUGACUUUACUGAAAUUGGAGAAAAGGGGAUAAAUUUAUCUGGCGGCCAAAAGGCGCGUGUUGCCUUGGCUCGUGCUGUCUAUAUGGAUGCAGAACUAUAUGUUUUGGAUGAUACACUCUCUGCUGUUGAUGCACACGUUGGGGCAGCUAUUUUUGCAAAUGUGAUUGGGGAAAAAGGACUUCUUGCAAAUAAAACUCGUUUAUGGGCGCUAAAUUCGUUGGCUUUCCUUCAAUAUUGUACACGGAUCGUCGUCAUGGAUAAGGGAGAAAUAUAUGAUGUUGGUACAUUAAGACAGUUAUCUGAACAAAAAGAAGGACCUUUUGCUGAUUUAAUAAGGGAAUUUAUGGAGAAAAAGUUAGAGAGCCAAAGAAGCAAAAAGUCGAGCACAUUGGAAGUAACUCUUGAUGAUGAAGAAGAUUCGGAAUUAAGUGAAGUACUCGGGCAGUUAUCUGGAUCUCCCCUCAGUGAGUCGUUGCUUGAACGUCGUAGAAUUCUUGAGCAACAAUUAGCGAGUUCUGAAAAUCAACAACCGAAAGAGAUGGUGAAGACGGAAGAAUCUAAAGCAAAACCUUCAGAAACACGGGUGUCACAUCAAUCUUCUCAUCAAUCUAUGCAUCAACAGGGAGGUGUAUCAGAUAUUAGUGACAACGCAUAUGCUGGAGAUAGGCCAGAGUGGACAGAAGUUAUUGGUCGAUUAACAAAAGAGGAAGAGUUGGCAACUGGAAUUGUUUCUCGUCGUGUAUAUCUUGUCUAUUGUCGUUCAUUCGGAAUAUUCUUGGCAAUUAUUUAUUUUUUCUUCACAUUUUUUGGUGUCAGCACUUCCGAGGCUUUGUCUAGUGUUUGGUUAGCAAAAUGGUCAUCUGCUGCUAUCAACAAUACUGCUGAUUCAUUGAAUCAUUUGCUUAUUUAUGGAGGCUUUAAUUUAAUCUCUAUUAUCAGUUCCGCAAUUUGUAGCAUCGUUGUAGCAGUUGGUGCCUAUAAUGCAAGUACAUAUUUCCACGGAAAACUUGUUAGUUCUCUGUUUCACAGUCCAAUGGCAUUCUUUGAUCAAACCCCAAUGGGAAGAAUAAUGAAUCGUUUGAGUUAUGAUAUUGCUAGAAUUGAUGAAAAUAUUCCUUGGGCAACGUCUUAUGCAAUGAGCGUUUUUGCUGAAGCUUUAAAUUCAUUAAUUGCUAUUUGUGUGGUAAUUCCUGUUCUUGUAUUUGUUGUUGUACCUUUAUUAACAGUUUUCUUGGGAAUUAUUCAUUUUUACAACGUUGCCUCGGUUCAUUUUCGUCGCCUAACAAGCAAAGCAGUUUCAUCUAAUUGUUCUUUCUUUCAAGAUUCUCAUACUGGCGCCGAUUCUAUUCGUGUUUUUAAUGUUGUUGAGCGAUUCCGUGACAAAAAUGUCUAUAUUUGUGAUUUUAUGAAUGAAAGUCUUAUUACAGAAAUUUAUACUAACAGGUCUUUUUAAUAUUAAAAUUGAAGCUUUUUACUUUUUUUUUCUUGUAUUUUUUAAAUUUU